AACGAAUGCCACCAUGACAUCCUAACCUCUAUGUAGUAGGGCAGUCUACUUUCCUACUCGUUGCUCUACAUGCUUAUACUCUUUUCUCGAACCCAAAUGCACUAUGUAAGCUUGGGCCUUCAAGCUUUAUGUAUAACGAGCCUGUUGAGUCGAUACUGCUCUUCCACAUUUGUAUCGCAAGGCCGCGCUCAAGCUGCUCGGAGACUUGAGACAGCCAUGUUCAUGUCAGCCCGCCGCCUCAAGCCUCCUCUCUCUGACUCAGGAUUCUCGACGUGUCCACUCGGAUUCAGCCACGAUCUUUGUGACGUAAUAUUCAGUCCGGGCAGCAUGGCUAUCAUAGGAUUGCAUGCGGCUUCGAACAGCUUCGAACCUCCGGGGCGAACUGCUCAACUGUCUCAUCAUGGCUCUUGGUGACUCAAAGUCUGUGCAGCAGAUGGCUCAGGCUGCACAACGAGCUAUGCAAAUGAGCGUCGCUCGCCGAAUGAUCCUCGCCUUAACUGUUCACGCAUCGUCCGGUUUGAGGAAGCUCGUGGUAGGUCCGCAUGGCGCAGCUGCGUAGCCGACCAUAUGACAAGAUGCAGAGUCGCUUCAUGCCAGUUGGCGAAGCUGAUCCAGUU